CUGUCAUUCUGGUCACCCUCCGAGGGCAGGAAAGGCGGCGUGGCGAUUCUCGUUGAUCCUUAUGGGGCCUUGAAGGAUAUGGCACCGGUGUUUGAACGGCGAUGGGGCCCGCAUUUUAUGGCAGUACAAGGGCGCAUGCAUGGUCAGAGUCUGAUUGUUCUCAAUCUGUAUGCUCCCCAUCGAGUCCCGCAGAUAGAGACUUUCUUCCGCAGUCUGGCGGAUCUGGAAUUUCCGAGUGGGUCGCUGGUAGCUAUUGGAGGCGACUUCAACUGUACAUUGGACGAGGUAGCAGAUCGCAGCUACACCAGCCGCAGCGGUGCUCAUGACUCAAUCGCACUACGGGAGCUCUUGGCCGCCUGGGGUGCGGUGGAUCCCAUUGAGGAGACACGUCCACUCGAAUGGCCACAAGGAGCGUUACGGCAGCAUCACGCGGAGACCCACACGUACCGAUACGUAGUCGAUGGCCAUGGGGAUGCUUCCUCUCGAUUAGACCGAUGGUAUGUCACGGCUGCCCUACGGCCUUGGGUAGCAGGCUGGGAAGUCAUUGAGCCGGGGGUUUCCGCCGACCACCACGGUGCUAAACUACACCUCCAACCUCCCGAUGACCCAAUCUGUGUGAAAAAUCCAGCACAGGUGCAUCCCGCCAGCGACGCUGUUCGUCGGCGCACGGAGGAACUUCUUGAGGCCUUUUCGAAGAAGAUAUCGCAGUCCGAUGUCACGGCCACGCAACUGGCGCUCUGGUGGGAUGAAGUCAAACUUACCAUUGUCAAGGCUACUCUCAACACGAUUAAGGAACGCCGGCGGCGGCAGCGCAACUCUUCGGCAAAAAUUGCGCCGUCUCCGCAACCAGCAGGUGCGCCUUCAGGAACGCACGGCUGGGCAGGAACCUGGCCCGCGCGUCUGAGGCGGGCUAUUGCGGAGUGCCAGCGGGAACGGUCAUCGCUCCACCAACGCCGUCACUUCGCCGAUGCAACUUAUUGGGAUGGGAAGACGACGAAGGCUUUUUCUAAUCGUGUAUCGAGCAAAUUCUCGGACAACACGAUACGCCGGCUUGACCCAGUGCCUGGAGCGCCGGUGCGGGAUGUCCAC